AUGGAGUUUUGUAGAGUUCAUACACUAGCUCUUGUUUCCUUCUUGUUUCUCUGUCCAGUUGCUCAUUGCUGGGGUGUUGAUAGCCAUCUCACCGUUUGUAAGAUUGCCCAGGCAAGGGCACGGUUGAGUGAAGCUGCAGCAGAUGCUGUGAAGCAACUUUUACCAGAAUCUGCUGAUAAAGAUCUGGGAAGUGUUUGUUCAUGGGCAGACCAGGUCAAGUUCCGGUAUCGUUGGUCAUCAGCUCUUCAUUACAUUGAUACCCCUGAUAAUCCCACCUGUACAGCAGUGAGUUCCUUAACCUUUUAAUCCAGAAUAGUAAUUCUAAACAUGUCUGGUUAUUAGGAGAUUUUUGGGUGUGUUUAGAAGUUUAAUCCUGCACAAAUCAUUCUCAACUUGAGUGCUAAAGAUGGAGAAAUCUGCAGCCCUAUGAACGAUGAUGAUUAAGGCCGCUUAACGCAUACCCAACCCAUGUAUAAUCUGUGUAUUGUUGUAUUUAUAUAGUGCCAUGUAUAAGUCAUAUUUAGUAGAGCUUAUGUUGAACCCUUUUUUGAUGGGUUUGACCCGUCUACCCCAAUCCUAUAUGACAAAUCAUAACUCCAUGUUAAUUUUGUAUCUCUUUCUUGGGUCAUGUCUGGAUUCACCAACCCGAUGAUGAUGAAUUAAGUUGACUAUUAAUUUCUCGAGAAACGUAAAAA